AUGGUUCCUUUUCAAACGGUAGAGAGACGCGGAUUUAAAGCCAUGAUCAGAGCUAUUGAUCCACGUUAUGAGGUGCCAAGCCGCAAAUACUUCACAGAAACCGAGAUGCCAAAAUUGUAUGCCGAGCUCCGUGAAAAUGUUGAAAAAGAGCUGUGUGACUUGACAUACUUUGCUACUACAACGGACCUAUGGUCGAGCCCUACCAUGGAGCCUUUCCUCAGUCUGACCAUUCACUAUAUAACGGAUGAUUGGAAUCUUGGCAGCCGGUGUUUGCAGACGUCGUACUUCCCCGCUGAACAUACGGCCGAGGAGAUAGCACAAGGACUCAAGGAAGCGCUUGAGUCAUGGGGGUUUAAAGAAGAACGCCAAGUUUGCAUUACUACUGAUAACGGAACGAACGUGGUCAAGGCAGCGUCUCUGAAUGAUUGGACCAGGCUGCAAUGCUUUGGACACAGGCUGCACCUCGCCAUCGAAAAAAGUAUGAAAGACCCCCGAACUGGCCGUACUGUUGGCGUAUGCAAGAAGAUUGUGAGUGCCUUUUCAUACUCUUGGAGAAGAAGAAAAGAGUUGAAGAAAGCCCAGGCAGAGCACCAUCUACCCUUUCAUCGGCUCAUCACAGAAACACCAACAAGGUGGGGGUCACGCCAGAUGAUGAUCCAGAGGGUGCUUGAACAAAAGAAGGCACUAUCACAGGUAAUGAAAGCAGACAAGAAAACCAAACACAUGUUACCCACUUGGCAAGAUACAGAUGUGUUGGAAUCUAUAAGCCGGACCCUCGGCCCACUGCUGGAAUUCACAGACGCGCUGUCUGGUGAAGAUUAUGUCAGUGUGUCGUACGUCAAACCUGUUCUCCAUCUUUUCAACAACACUGUUCUUGCUGCAGCUGAUGAUGACACCGAGCUGACCAAGGACAUGAAAAGAGUCAUCCUAAAGUACUUAAACGACAAGUACUCGGUCCCAAAAACGGUUGACCUGCUGGAUAUGGCCUCCUUGGUCGACCCACGGUUUAAAGAUGCAUAUAUAGCUGAUGACUGCCAGGAGUUCAUCAAGAUCAGAACGGUAGCAGAAAUUCUGUCACUGUUGGAGGUGCAAGCUGCAACGGUCAGAGAGCCACUGCCACACACAAGCACAGAAGCUGCAGCUGAUGGUGCUGAUGGUGCUGAAGCUGCUGAAGUAGCUGUUGAGAGGCAAUCAAAGAAGGUAAAACGGAGCCUGGGAAGCUUUUUCAAAAUGGCCUCCUCCGAUGGCACAGCUACUCUCGCUGACAGAGAGGCCAUCGAAGUGGAGCCAAAAAGUUACCUGCAGACAAUGCAGGUUGAUGGAGAGACUGAUCCACUGGACUGGUGGCGACUGCACCAAGCUAAUUUUCCAAGGGUGGCUAGACUGGCCCAGAAAUAUCUCUGUAUCCCGGCCACAAGUGCUCCUUCGGAAAGGGCAUUUAGUUUUGGUGGCAACAUUGUUACAUGCCACCGGUCUCUGUUGAAGCCAGAGACUGUGGACCAGCUUGUGUUCCUGGCUAAUAAUCUUUAG